AUGUCGGGCCCAGGCUCGGGGGCCUCUGGUGGACGUUCAAUGCAGUCUCGCGUUGGCAGGAAUAAGCAACGGUACAACUCCAAAGGCGAGCGACUUGUUGCGGGCGUCGUUCCGUUGAGCCCCGAUCAGAACUACGUCUUAUUAAUACAGUCGACCCGACGCAAGGGUUGGGUCUUGCCCAAGGGUGGAUGGGAGACGGACGAGUCGUGUCAGGAGGCCGCCACCCGCGAGGCAUGGGAGGAGGCAGGCAUCACCAUCAACAUUGAUUAUGAUCUGGGAACUAUUGACGAGAAGCGGCCGCCCAAGUCAACCAAAGACCGCGCGCGCUACUCCUUCUACCAGGCGACCGUCCUGAGUGAGGUUGACGACUGGCCAGAGAAGCACAAGCGCGAGCGCCAGUGGUUUACCUACGCACAGGCCUGGCAGGAGCUUGCAUCGCGGCCAGAGUUGCAGGAGGCUCUGCAACGGUCAACGAUCAACCAAGCAUAG